AUGGCGUCGGCCACGCCGUCGUUUCAAUCACCUAUCCGUACCCUACAGAGCAUUCCGUCGCAAGACUUGAAAACUCACACAUUCGUCAAGCCUGUCAAACUUAUCAACGAGGGUCAUCAUGUGUCCCAUUUCCUGUCUACAAAGGCCUACACAGUCCUGGGCAUCUUCGUCACUCAACUCAACCAUGCUCUAUGUCCCAGACAGGACCCCUCAUCCCCAACGCCCGAGGUCUUUCCCCUCCUGCCAGGAUCGCCAACUUCCACAGGGUCCAUCAGGGCGCUCCAGCGACUGUUGGGUAACAUAGAACGCCUUGUUGAUCAGGCACCUCCGGAUCCAGGCCCUCGUCGCUUCGGAAACGUCAGUUUCCGCAGGUGGCAUGCCCUUGUGGAAGAGAAGCUUGAUUCUUUCCUGAGCGAGGGAAUGCUUGGGGACGUUUUAUCGAUCAAAGGCGGAGACCAGGUAUCUGCCAAGGACGAAGUAAGCAGCUACUUGCUGGGCGCGUUUGGCAGCGCCCAGAGGUUGGAUUACGGGACUGGUCAUGAAUUAAGCUUCAUUGCCUUCCUUGGUUGUCUCUGGAAACUUGGCUUUUUCGAGGAUGGAAAACAAGGCGGCGAAAUCGAGAGGGAGAUUGUCCUCAAUGUCGUCGAGCCCUACCUGAGAGUCGUCCGCAAGCUUAUUCUUACAUACACCCUGGAACCCGCCGGAUCACAUGGAGUAUGGGGUCUAGACGACCAUUCGUUCAUCCCCUACAUAUUUGGGUCAGCUCAACUCACACGUCCCAUCUCCUCCAACAUGGAGCCCAUGCCCCUCGAGGGAUCUGUCAAAGGCGCUCCCAAACCCGCUGAUGUUACAAAACCUGACGUUGUCCAAGACCAGCGCCAGGCAAACAUGUAUUUUUCCGCGAUUGGCUUCAUCAAUGAUGUCAAAAAGGGUCCAUUCUGGGAACAUUCGCCUAUGCUGUUCGACAUUUCGGGCAUCAGGGACGGUUGGGGCAAGAUCAAUAAGGGCAUGAUGAAAAUGUUCAAUGCCGAAGUCCUUGCGAAGUUUCCAGUAGUUCAACAUUUUCCCUUUGGCUCAUUGUUCUCCUGGGAUAUUGACCCUCAUGCAGCUCCUCCGACGCACAGCGUACAUAUGAUGAAUCAACCCCUGGCUGCCGCAGCAACAGCAGCAGCAGCAGCAUUAUCAUCGACAAAUGCAGAACACGGGGCAGGAUCGCCGAGGGCGGUGCCUUCAAUCACAAGGAUCACGCGGGCACCAUGGGCUCAAGCUAGAAUGCCGCUGCCUGCAGAUACGGGCAUUUCCGACUCUAGCACAACACUUGGCCCCAACAGCGGCUCGUUGGCCUCGAGGCAGUCCCAGGGGGAAUCUCAUCGUCGGCCGGAGACGACCGCAGCGCAAGUCACCAUCACAAAGGCGCCUUGGGCAUAG